UUAAGAUCUGUCGCUUACCGACUGACGUGGGUAUUUUCUGACAUUCUGCAACGUCAAAGGUUUCGUGAAUUUCUCUCGUUUCAUAUAGUUACGGCUCACACAGAAAACACAACAAGCCGUUGUAAUACAAAGAAAUCAAGAUGUCUGUGACUGAGCAACCUUGUUAUACCCUCAUCAGUACUCCAGAUUCUGACUAUCCACCUCCAGAUCAGCUGCGAAAAGAGUUGGAAAUUGGAGAUAUCAAAGCCAAGAUUGAUGCUUUAAAAAAGGCCAUUUACAUAAUUUUAAAUGGAGAAAAGAUUCCAGGAAUCCUCAUGGCUGUGGUCAAAUUUGUGCUGCCACUUCAGGAUCAUAAUGUCAAGAAACUUCUGUUGAUAUUCUGGGAAAUCAUUCCAAAGACUUCAGCAGAUGGAAAACUCUUGCAUGAAAUGAUUCUCGUCUGUGAUGCUUACAGAAGAGAUUUGCAACAUCCAAAUGAAUUUAUUAGAGGAUCAACAUUACGUUUUCUUUGCAAGCUUAAGGAACCUGAAAUCUUAGAACCGUUGAUGCCAUCGAUCAGGUCGUGUUUGGAGCACCGACAUUCUUACGUUCGGCGCAAUGCUGUUUUGGCAAUUUACACAAUUUACCGCAAUUUCGAUUUCCUCAUUCCUGACGGGCCAGAAUUGAUUGCCAAUUUUCUAGAACGUGAACAGGACAUGUCCUGUAAACGUAAUGCAUUCAUGAUGUUGAUUCACGCUGACCAAGAAAGGGCGCUCUCCUAUCUUACCUCUUGCAUCGAUCAAGUUCACUCCUUCGGUGAUAUUCUGCAAUUGGUCAUCGUUGAACUUAUCUACAAAGUGUGUCACGCCAAUCCUAGUGAGCGAUCGCGUUUCAUUCGUUGUAUCUACAGUCUCUUGAAUGCCACCAGUCCGGCCGUUCGCUACGAAGCUGCUGGCACUCUAGUAACCUUAUCGUCCGCACCGUCGGCUAUUAAAGCUGCUGCUAGUUGCUACAUCGAAAUUAUCUUAAAGGAAAGCGACAAUAAUGUGAAGUUGAUUGUGCUGGAUCGUUUGAUCGCCUUGAAAGAGCAGCCGAAUCAAGAACGUGUCUUGCAGGAAUUGGUGAUGGACAUCUUGCGGGUAUUGGCUACUCCAGAUUUGGAAGUACGAAAGAAGACGCUAUCCCUUAUACUUGAUUUAGUGUCUUCGCGAAACAUAGAAGAUAUCGUGCUCGUUUUGAAAAAGGAAGUAACAAAGACGCACAACACAACUGAGCAUGAAGAUACGGGAAAGUAUCGGCAACUUUUGGUGCGCACUCUUCACUCGUGUUGCAUCAAGUUUCCUGACAUUUCUGCGACCGUCAUCCCUGUACUGACUGAAUUCCUUUCCGACACCAACGAGCUAGCAGCCGCCGAUGUUUUGGUCUUUGUUCGCGAAGCGAUUCAGAAGUUCGAAGGACUUCGUCCAUUAAUCAUCGAAAAACUUUUAGAAGCCUUUCUUUCCAUCAAAUCCGUCAAGGUGCACCGUGCAGCAAUUUGGAUCUUGGGCGAAUACGCCACUUCGGCUGAUGACAUUCGUUCAGUUAUGUCCAAAGUGCGACAAUCGCUUGGCGAAAUUCCAAUCGUGGAUGACGAAAUCCGAAAAGCAGCAGGAGAGCAGACCGAUCCGGAAAAUCCUUUAGCACAGGGAACUGGGAGCGUUACUAAUCCUGUUGCUUCUAGCGCCCGCUUGGUAACUGCAGAUGGUACAUACGCUACGCAGUCUAUCUUCAGUGCUGCCGUAACAACCGCCAAAAAAGAAGAAAGGCCUCCUCUUCGAAAAUAUCUGAUGGAAGGCGAUUUCUUCAUUGGUGCAUCAAUGGCUACAACUAUGACAAAGCUGGCCUUACGUUUUGUUCAACAAGUGUCGAACCCGCAAACGCAAAACCAGUUUUGUGCCGAAGCCAUGCUAGUGAUUGCAGCGAUCCUUCAUUUGGGUCGUUCGGGACUGCCUCAGAAACCAAUUAGCAAUGACGAUGCUGAAAGAUUGGGGCUUUGCCUUAAGGUGCUCUCGGAUCGAUCACCGAUUUUAGUAGAAGUAUUUACCGAUGCCUGCCGUAGAUCCAUUUCACUUAUGUUAGCUGCCAAAGCUGAGGAAGAAGCUGCUGCCCAAAAGAACUUGGAAAAGAACAGCCGAUCAAUCCAAGCCGACGACUUGGUCUCUUUCAAGCAACUGCUUUCACGCAAUGAACUUGGUGGCCUCGAAGACGUAUUUGAAUCAAGUUUGUCGCAAGCUUUGGUAGGAUCCGCUCAGCGAACUGGAUUAGAUCUGAGCGUCUCAAAACUGAACAAGGUGACGCAGUUGACUGGUUUCUCUGAUCCUGUAUACGCCGAAGCGUACGUAAACGUGAACCAAUACGACAUCGUACUUGAUGUUUUGAUUGUCAAUCAAACGGCCGACACUCUUCAAAACUGCACGUUGGAAUUGGCAACUCUCGGUGAUCUGAAACUGGUAGAAAAGCCUUCGGCUAUCAUUUUGGCUCCGCACGAUUUCGCCAACAUUAAGGCCAGCGUUAAGGUGGCAUCCACGGAGAAUGGUAUUAUCUUUGGAAAUAUAGUCUAUGAUGUGACUGGCUCGACAUCGGACCGUAACGUCGUGGUACUGAAUGACAUUCACAUUGAUAUCAUGGACUAUAUCAUGCCUGCCAGCUGCACUGAUGCUGAAUUCCGACAGAUGUGGGCUGAUUUCGAAUGGGAGAACAAAGUCACCGUCAAUACUAAUAUCAACGAUCUAAAUCUUUAUUUGCAACAUCUGCUCAAAUCGACAAAUAUGAAGUGUCUGACUCCAGAGAAGGCACUAGCUGGUGAUUGUGGAUUCAUGGCAGCCAACUUGUAUGCUCGUUCAGUUUUUGGAGAAGAUGCGUUAGCUAAUCUCAGUUUAGAGAAACCAUUCGGUAAACCCGACGCACCAGUUACAGGACACAUUCGAAUUCGUGCCAAGAGUCAAGGAAUGGCUCUCAGUCUCGGCGACAAAAUUAACACGAUUCAAAAGGCUUCUGUAAAGUCUCCUGUGGCUUAAAAUGUAAUUGUAGAAUUUUCCUCUACAAUUAUUUCCAUACUUUUUUCAUUCAUUUUCUAUGAUUCAAAACUUUUCCCAAAUUCAAAUGUCUAUUUGUUGCAAGUAUUUUCCCCUCAUCUACAUUCUUUUAGAAAUAUUUGGAAUGCAGUUGUUACUUGAUUAGUUUUGCAUCAUCAAUAUAACUGUGGGCUGUUAUAUUAAAAUGUAGUUCACAAUU